CACACACACACACACACACGAGGCAACGGCUGCACGCGACAGUCCAGUUCAGAAUCGAGCGAACUGAUCGAUCCGCGCGAGGACGGAAUGAGCUUCUUCAGCGGGAAAAUAAAAACGGCUGAAACUGACCAACUGACGCAGCGUCACGUGCACGUGCACAGGUCUUGGAACAUGUCUUCCUCCUCCUCCUCUUCCUCGGAGUUGCCCUACUUCUGCCCUCGCUGUGGCGACGGGUUCCGUUUCUCGUCCGUGCCUGAGCUCCGGGCUCACCUGGUCAGCCGACACACCUACGAGACGCUGCUGGUGCUGUCGCAGACUCGGGUCAGAAGCUCCAGAUCCGGUGCUCUGCUCCCACUGCCCGGCCGAGCCGUACCCCAAAUACAGAGCUCCUCUCUGGGCGUGGAGGCCCACAGCCUCCCCCUCCCUCUGGCCUGCCUGGAUCUGGCCUCGUCGGCGGCCUCCGUCCAGCUGCUCAGGGAGAUGUUCGGCUCUCCCGCGGGACGUCCCGAGGAGGACCCCUGCACCGCUCUGGAGCUGUUCCCUGGGUCGGGGCUCUCGGUCCGGGUCGGGCUGGAGGAGAGGCUGGGUCUGGGCCUGGAUCUCAAAAUCGCCCGGACGUUCGCGGAGGUGGAGGAGAGGGUGAACCGCCGCGUGGGUCGACUGAAGGCGGAGCUACAGAGGAGGGAGGCGGAGCUAGAGCGGGAGAGGCGUGGCGGCGAGCGACUGAAGAGCGAGAAGCAGGAAGUGGAGGAGAGGGCGACGCACCUGUCCAGACAGGUCUCUGCUGCCACGGAGAUGAUGGAGCGACUCAAGAAAGAUCUGGAAGGAAAAGACAGAGAGCUGAGUGAACGACAGCAGGAGAUGGUGGGCAUCGAGUGUUUCCUGAGAGAGACGGCAGAGAAAGAGGCCGAGGCUAAAUCCAGACUGCAGGUGUUCAUAGAGACGUUGUUGGAACGAGCCGACCGUGCAGAGAGACAGUUACUGCUGCUCGGCUCACACACACAUCACCACCACCACCGCUACACACACACCGACCCGUACGAGGGAUACGCACCUGCACCGGGCCGAGGGGGGCGGAGCCUGGACGGCAGCACCGACGACGUUAUCACCGACAAGAUGCAGGGAACCAUCGGCAACCGGAGGAGUUACAGUGUCUCCGGCUCCUACCGGCUGGGAGAGCAGCUGUACAGCCACCAUCACCACAGUGGACUGACUGGUCGUAUGCGGACCUGGUCUCUAGGUUCAGGUGGGUGGGACGGCGAGGGGGGGCCAGUCCACCUCCAUCAAGACCUCUACGAUCCACCACCCUGGACCAGACGGGACCGAGAGAGACCGUGGGUCGAGGAUGGAGGAUGUGGGAGAACGUGGAGCAAAAGAAACCGUCGGCACUACAGCACUGAAGAAGAGGAGGAGGAAGAUGAAGAAGAGGAGGUGGAGGAAGAGGAGGAGGGAUUCUGGAGCAGCGCUGAGUUGGGGAGGCUGGUCUUCGCCAGGACGCACACACCUGCUUCAGAAGCCCCCCCCUCCUCCUCCUCCCGCCGCUCCACCCCCUCCCGUCGUCACGGCGACAGACAGCUGGAGGCGGAGUCCCUGAGGCUGAGGGCGGGGCUCUUCUGCGUGCUUCCUUAUUUGGACGUGCGCUCGUUGCUGCUCGCCGCUGAGGUCUGCUCAGAUUGGAGGUUCGUCGCCAGGCACCCGGCGGUUUGGACACACCUCCGUCUGGAGAACGCCAGAGUGUCCGCCGAGUUCCUCACCACUCUGUCUCAGUGGUGCACUCAGACUCAGUCUGUGGUUCUGAACAACCUGAAGCCUCGAAGCAGACGAGCCGACGAGAUGCGAGAGGAUUACCACAAGAACACACGCGGCAGUGUGGAGCCGGGGGUGGAGUCCCUGCUGCGCUCAGCAGGGGGCAGUCUGCUCCACCUGUCUGUCUCUCAGUGUCCUCACAUCCUCACUGACAGGACGCUGUGGCUCGCCAGCUGCUACAGCAGGAGCCUCCAGAUCCUCACCUACAGGAGUUCAUCCGAUCCUCUCGGUCACGAGGUUCUCUGGGCCCUGGGUGCAGGCUGCAGGAACAUCAGCAGCCUGCAGGUGGCUCCGGCUCACCCCUGUCAACAACCCACUCGUUUUGGAAACCGUUGCCUGCAGACGAUUGGUCGAUGCUGGCCACACCUCCACUCUCUCAGUGUGGGCGGGGCCGGCUGUGGGACUCAGGGAUUGGCUGCUUUGGUGCAUACCUGUGCUCACCUGCAGGUGUUGGAGUUGGAGCGUGUUGCCGACCUCGGCCUGCAGGCGGCGACAGAGCUGUGUAAAGCAGGACUGAAAAGUCUGGAGACGCUGAUCCUGACUCACACACCUGUCAGCGGUCAGGCCAUCCUCCACUUCCACAGUAUGUGUGGUAACAUCAGAUCUAUAAUGGUCGAGGUCGCUGUGUCGGAUUACUUUGAAGAGCCGGACACUCAGGAAGCUCAACAUCUGUUUGGAGAAAUCCUCAACACACUAAAGGUUCUCCAGAAACGUCCCGGACUGAGUGACGUCCUGCAGGUCAAAGCUGAAGGACUCAGCUGACCUCAGCACACACACACACACACACACACACACACACACACACACACACACACAAACCUUUUAAGGUGGAAGUGUAAAGUUAAAAGGAAAACUCCAACACACUACAGGAAAACCAAAACCUUCUCUAAACACUUUACACAAACUUUAUCUCACCUAAAUGUGUCACAAACUCUUUUUCUACCAGUUAAGUCUUUUUUUUAUAAUGAACAUUCUAUAAUGUCAAAACUCCUUUGUUUUUGACAAUACUGUAAGAAAAACCUUGAUUAUUAUUGGUCUAUUUUUGACAGAACCUGAACCUCAGCAAAGCCUUUAUUCUCCCGAACAAAUCCACUUUAACCCUAAAGCUCUUUCCUUGUUGAUAAAGUUACAGCUUUACUCCCCUUAAAACAAAAGAAAAUAUUAUUCCUCCUUUACUUUUAUUUAUCUUCUCUUCAGGCUUUAAGAAGAGAACAAUGUUAAAAUCCUCAUUCUACCUUAAAAACGUACUUCUUUUAGUCGUAGAAAACCUUUAUUAUUACCUUGACAUUCAAUUAACACUAAAAACAAGCACAAGCACACAGACGCACGAAUAUAUUUGCACAUUGACUCACACACCAAAGACACCAAUCAAUCAAUCAAAGACACCAAUCAAUCAAUCAAUCAACCAACCAACCAACCAACCA